CCCCCCCCGGUCCAGGCACGCUCAAUCGAUCACCGAAGGCGGCCGCCAUUGUCCCGGCAGCGGAGCGGCCCCUCCGGGAUGUUUCACGGCAUCGCGGGACCUGCGGCCAUGGGGGCUCCCGGGAACAAAGCGGAGCUCUACGAGGAGGUGAAGCUCUACAAGAACGCGCGGGAGAGAGAGAAGUACGACAAUAUGGCGGAGCUGUUUGCGGUGGUGAAGACGCUGCAGGCGCUGGAGAAGGCCUACAUCAAGGACUGCGUCUCCCCCAACGAGUACACGGCCGCCUGCUCCCGCCUCCUGGUCCAGUUCAAGGCCGCCCUCAAGCAGGUUCAAGGCUCGGAAAUCAGCUCCAUCGAUGACUUCUGCCGCAAAUUCCGACUCGAUUGCCCUUUGGCCAUGGAGAGGAUCAAAGAAGACCGACCCAUCACCAUCAAGGAUGACAAAGGCAACCUCAACCGUUGCAUCGCCGAUAUCGUCUCGCUUUUCAUCACCGUGAUGGAUAAACUCCGCUUGGAGAUCCGAGCGAUGGAUGAGAUCCAACCGGACCUGAGGGAACUGAUGGAAACCAUGAACCGUAUGAGCCACCUCCCACCGGACUUCGAAGGCCGCCAGAAAGUCAACCAGUGGCUCCAGACGCUCAGCGGGAUGUCGGCAUCGGAUGAGCUGGAUGAUUCCCAGGUUCGGCAGAUGCUCUUCGACUUGGAAUCCGCCUACAACGCCUUCAACCGCUUCCUCCACUCUUGAGCUUCCCAAUCCUUUCCCAGUCCCCUUCCCAGUCCUUACUGGUUUUAAGGACGUAGAGAUAAUAAA